UGCAGGCAGGCAGGGACAGGCAGGCGAAGCAGCUGCAGAGAGACCAAGAAACGCUGACAACAACGGACAGGCUCAUGCGGAGAAACUCACACGCAACAUUUGCAAUUUCGCCGAUUUAAGGUCCAAAACCCUAAAGCUGUGACCGUUUUGCUCGUUGCAUUCGCAGUGUUUUUGACGCACGCGUGGGAUUAUAUUUCACAUUCUCUCGACCUGAAAUGACUGCUGGUCCUCGCGUUUAGCCAAUGGUUACUGCGGGGGCUCCUGCUUUGUGGAUUAUCCGUCGUUGCCGAGCCAGUCGCAUGGUCGAGCCCGGAGGAGGCCCCGCUCUGCUGGAUGGAUGUGUGUGAAGCAGCGUCGGACUACGAGUACUGGUGAAGACGGUGAUUGUGAUGAUGCUCGGGUUCCAUCGGCAGUGGGUGAACUGAUCUUGGAUGUUCGGGCUAUAUCGCCCCGACUCAAACCAUUUCCUCAUACGGCAAAAAUUAUAUUGCUUAAAAACUGGACGCCCCUGGAGCAGUUUAUGACGACCCUGGUAGGAGCGUGAUGAGCGCGCGCUUCCGCUUGCCUGCUGGCAGAUCCUACAAUGUCCGGGCGACGGAGCUGGAGCGAGACAGGCCGCACACACAGGUUGUGUGCAACGUACUGCUGCUGGACAACACUGUCCAGGCGUUCAAAGUCAGCAAGUCGGAUCAUGGCCAGAUGUUGCUGGAUGCUGUCUUUAAGCACCUGGAGCUGACUGAGAGAGACUACUUUGGGCUGCACUUGGCAGAUGAAUCCUCAGAUGCACCGCGCUGGCUCGAUCCCAACAAGCCCAUCAGGAAACAGUUAAAAAGAGGCUCUCCCCAUAACUUGAGCUUCAGAGUCAAAUUCUGUGUGACAGACCCCGGUAAACUUCAGGAAGAAUACACACGGUACCUAUAUUUUCUCCAGAUCAAACAGGACAUAUUAACUGGAAGGUUGCCCUGUCCACACAACACAGCUGCACUGCUGGCGUCCUAUGCUGUUCAAUCUGAGAUAGGCGACUACAGUGAAACGGAGCACAGUUCUGGCUACCUGUCGGAAUACUGCUUCAUCCCCAACCCUCCGCAAGACUUCCACAAAGAAGUUUCCAAACAUCACCAGCAGCACAGCGGUCUAUCUCCUGCUCAGUCAGAGUUUAAUUAUCUGAACACAGCACGCACGCUGGAGCUCUACGGGGUAGAGCUGCACUAUGCAAGGGACCAGAGUAACACAGAGAUUCUGCUUGGGGUGAUGUCCGCUGGCAUUGUGAUUUACAAGAACAGGGUACGGAUCAACUAUUUUCCAUGGUUGAAAAUAGUGAAAAUCUCCUUCAAGUGCAAACAGUUUUUCGUCCAGCUGAGAAGAGAGGCGACGGAGACCCGGGAUACACUGCUCGGCUUCAACAUGGUCAACUAUCGGGCCUGUAAGAACCUGUGGAAGGCCUGCGUUGAGCACCACACCUUCUUCCGGCUGGAGCGGCCCAUCCCGCCACAGAAGAACUUCUUCUCUCACUACUUCACCCUGGGUUCAAAGUUCAGAUACUGUGGACGGACAGAGGUGCAGUCUGUGCAGUAUGGAAAGGAGAAAGGCAUCAAGGACAGAGUGUUUGCCAGCAGAUCUCCCAGCAAGCCACUGGCCCGGAAGCUGAUGGGUGGGAGCGACUGGGAGUCGGUCAGCAGGAACAGCCUUUCAGAUGAGAGACUGGAAACCCAGAGUCUGCCCACUCGAUCGCCGCCUGGGACGCCCAAUCAAAACUCAAUGUUUGUACAAGAGGGCACACGAUUACGCCCGUCAUCCGUUGGACACCUGGUCGAUCACGUGAUCCACUCUUCACCCAGCCUGCCCGUCUUCUCCUCCAAUCACAAGUCUGCGUCGUCCACGCAGGCCAACAGCAUCAGCCUGGACUCUACACCCUCUCCUGACGGUGUUGAUGGCCAGCCUCCAGCUCUGCCUCCCAAGCAGUUGAGCAGGAAGACCUUGAGUCAGAUCAUCCAGGCUCAUUCUCAGCAGAGCCUCCUGGACAACCACGUCAACGAGAUGUAUGACGUCCCCGUCAAUGCUGACAAGACCACGCUGAACGGUGUCGUCCCUCAUGACAAUUUAGUCCUAAUCAAGAUGAGACCCGACGAACACGGACGAUUUGGCUUCAACGUGAAGGGUGGUGCUGACCAGAAGAUGCCCAUCAUCGUGUCUCGAGUAGCUCCGGGAACAUCAGCUGACCUUUGUGUGCCUCGCCUCAACGAGGGCGACCAGGUGGUCUUGAUUAAUGGGCGGGACAUCUCUGACCACACCCACGACCAGGUGGUCAAGUUCAUUAAGGCCAGCUGUGAGAGCCACUCCGGGGAGCUCAUCCUAUUGGUCCGACCAAAUGCCAUCUACGACGUGGUGGAGGAGAAGGUGGACUCGGAGCCAGAUUUUCAGUACAUCCCAGAGAAAUCCCCUCAGGACCCCGCCCAGCUAGACCAACAUGCACUGAGAGACUCUAUGGUCACACUGAAGGAAGGCCUGAUCAGUGGAGCCAUACUGGCACAGUUUGACCAACUGUACAGGAAGAGGCCGGGGAUGACCAUGCUGUGUGCCAAAUUACCUCAGAACGUUUCCAAAAACCGCUACAGAGACAUCUCUCCUUAUGAUGCCACCCGGGUCAUUCUGAAAAGCACAGAUGACUACAUCAAUGCAAAUUACAUCAAUAUGGAGAUUCCAGCCUCCAGUCUGAUAAACCGCUACAUAGCGUGCCAGGGCCCACUGCCCAACACCUGCCCUGACUUCUGGCAAAUGACCUGGGAACAAGGCUCGUCCAUGGUUGUCAUGCUGACUACGCAGGUCGAGAGGGGGCGGGUAAAAUGUCACCAGUACUGGCCCAAUCCAGACAGCACCACCACCUAUGGAAACUUUACAGUCACGUGCCACAACGAAGAGGGCAACUCUGCCUUCCUGGUCCGAGAGAUGACCCUCGUGCACACACAGAGUGAGCAGCAGAGGGAGCUCACUCAGAUCCAGUACCUGGCUUGGCCCGACCAUGGUGUUCCUGAUGACUCCACCGACUUCCUGGACUUUGUGGCUUUGGUACGGACCAAAAGGGCAGGACAGGACCAGCCGAUGGUCGUACACUGCAGUGCGGGCAUCGGAAGGACAGGAGUUCUGAUUACCAUGGAGACGGCGUUGUGUCUAAUGGAGGCUGGUCAGCCUGUGUAUCCUCUAGAUAUUGUCAGGACCAUGAGAGACCAGAGGGCAAUGAUGAUACAAACCCCUAGUCAGUAUCGUUUUGUAUGCGAGGCCAUCUUGAAGGUCUACGAGGAAGGACUGGUCAAACCACUCACGACCGCUGUGUACCAGCAACGAGAAAAGGUGAACGAUGAGAGGGAGGAGGACAAGAACGAGCAGCAGAAAGCGGGAGAAGAGCAGGACGAGACGGCGACGAUAGAGGAAGGCGACUCGGCCGUGGCCGAGCGGCUGGAGGGAGAGCUGGAUGAAGAGGACGACGACGACGACGACGAGGAGGUGGAGGUGCUCGACGUGGGAGAGGUGACUGAGGAGGAGGAGGAGGAAGAGGAGGAGGAGGAGGAGGAGGAGGAGGAGGAGGAAGAAGAAGAGGAAAUGGAGGAGCCGAGCGUUGCAAGCGCUACCAGCUUGACAAGCGAGACCAGCGUGAACCCUGACCCCGAUCCUGAUCCCUCGAACCUGUGACUUCUGACCCCCGGGGGUCGUCACGGGUUAGAGUACAGGUGGUCGGAGAACAAAAGCACUGUUGCACUUUAAUGCUGAUUAAAAAUGGAAAAAAAAAAAGACAAGCAAACGUGAAAAUCAUGGACAAGAUAGAAUUUAAAAAGAAAUCCAGCUGUGUUGACUAGGUACCUUUUUUAGGGAACAUUGUAUGUUCAGGGUAAAGGAAAACAAAAACUAUACAAGGAAUGAGAAGAUUAAAGUAUGAGAGAAUAAAAUGUGGAUGGGGAAUUGCUGUAGUGCCAUAAGUAUGAAGGGGAAGGGCUGCCCUCGUGGAUGGAAAGCCCCCGCCCUUAUCUUUUUUUUUCUCCUAAUGGGUCGCCCUAUCCCCUUCUGAGCGAGUCUGCCAGACGGACCUGCCUUUUUUUAGUGUCCUUUUAGCUGAUAAAGAGAUAUACCUUAUCUUUUGUUCCUCAGAAAGAGUAUUUAUUGUGUUUUAGUUUGUGUCAAACCCUGUCCACUGAACAAAAAAAGUUGUAUGUUUUGUUUGUACGAGUCUAGAGCUUCACGCUUUCCUGAUUAAAUCUUAGGUAGUAAAGUUAGUGUGAUUCCUCCUCUUCUAACUACUUCUUUAUUUCUUUUUUUUGCUUUUUUGUAGAGAAAAAGAGAACAGUGAUUUAAUUUAUUGUACUUGGGUUUUUAAUCUUUCUGCGCUUUCUUUCUGUCCGAGUUUCUGACAGCCGGACAGCCGAAAGCACCUCGUGUCUCACCUCUCGUUCAAUGCUGUGGCCAGUCGGAUUCUUCAUCCUGCUUUGUGCUGUGUUUUUUGAGCUUACGGACACGCAGACUCUGAAGUGUCUGUCCUCUGGCGUGGUGAGGAGCAGAACCAGUUUACAGUGCUCAGGGCGUGUGUUUACUGGCUGCCUCCCUAUCUCCCCCCCCGUACGAGUCCCAGCAGCUACUGUUGACCCGAGACUGUUGGCUUGCCACUGAAAGACGUGCUGAUAGAAGAGUUAUACUUUGAGCAUUUAUCAAUUAUUUGAAAUGAAUUCUCCUCACACUGUGUAACAUUGAUUCAACACACAGUGCUGUGCUGAGUUACAGCCUGAGGUUAAGAAACGAGGCUAAGGUCAGUUCAUGUCUCUCUUCAGAGUCUUAUUAAUUUUUGGCCCCAUAGAAACAUUGCUUGUUGAGUUGACAUAGAUCUUCUUUAUUUUACUCAGUAAGACACAUUAUUUGUUUUUGCUUUUUUUUUUUUUUUGGCGAAAGGUCACUGGAGCGGAAUGUCAAACCAACCACGAUUGACCAAUUUAAUCUAGAACAGUUGACAAUUCAAAGAAGCAGCACAAAUGGAACAGUCAAACAGUACUUUCCCCUUUUUUUUUUUUUAUUGCCCUUUCCCCACUGGUACUUGUUUUUAAGCCAACAUGAUGUGUUAUGAUUGAAAGGAAAUGAUGACUUGUAUUUUUUAUUCACAAAACCCAGCAUCGAGUUGCUCGUUGAGUUGUUUUUCCUUUUUUUUUGUGAGAGCACAGGUUACGCUGUCGGUGUGUUUUUGACUGUAGCCUGUUAAUGAUUUGAUAUAUUUUAAAUAUUGACUGCUUCGGUACUUUGCUGUCAGGACGACAAUGGACUCUUGCUAGAAAAACCUACUGCUGUGUGUGUGAGUGUGUGUGUGUGUGUGUAUGUGUGAGAGUGGGUGUCUCUGGUCAUCUCCCUCUCGUCCAAGGUCAUUUCAUUUACUAUAGUUUAGUAGCUGUCUGGUCUAAGCCUGCUUGUUCGUGAACUGGAAUGAAAGGUUGUGCCAUGAAGCCAUGAACCUCAUCUAACCUGAACUCAAAUUAUAUAUAUAUAUAUAUAUAUAUUUUUUUUUUUUUUUUGAAAAAUUUCAGAAAGAGCCACCUGUUUCGUAGUUCUGUCUAACUCUUUGCCUGCGAAACAACAAAUUCAGAACAGAUCACACACCUCUCUUUUGAACGCAGCCGAGAAAUACAUACUUCUGCCACAUGUUGGAGUAGGAAUUGGAGCCUGGAAACUGCUCUUCUCUCUCCCGUAUUUGCAAACCCUCUCCCAAAAACAAAAAAAACUCUCAGUCAACACCAGUCAUUUUCUGCACAGCCCACACAAAACACCAUCAGCCCAUUCCUCUCACCGUUUCCCUCAGAUGCGUUUCUUUUGGAUCAUUAUGCAAGGAUCCCACUCUCUCAGUAUGGCCUCAAGGUGAAUGACACAUCUGAGCAGAUUACAUGGAUACAGUAGCAAACUGCUACACGAGUGCAAACCAAUGUUAGGGAACGAGUGAAUAAAUUACUUUUUUUUUUUAUUAUUGAAACUUUCAGCAAAUGCGUCCAAGACCCCACAUGCAUGAGCUUAGAAUUAAACAGGAUUAGAGUAGGCACUCUGAGAGCGCUAGAAUUGUUAAAAAAGAAAUCCUGAUUCCCUGUUUGGAUCACCACCAAAAUCCAAUCAUUUCUUCUUCGGGCCAUAACCUGCAUUUACAGUACAUUUUAUCAAAAUAACUUUUUUUGAAUUAUGCUGCUCACAAACGGACAAAUGCUGGCAAAAAACACACAAAUUGAAAAACACUGUUUAACCCCGCAGUGGCUUCUUUCAUUGUGUUCUGUAUCUAGUGCUAAGAUCUAAUCCGAUUUAAAAUGAAACCUACCAACAAAGCUAAAACAUUGGUGCUGCAGUGUGAAGUUGGUAAGUGAUAAUAAGUCGAGGCUGCCAGAGUUUUCAUCUGCACAAAAAUGUCCAACAAUGAGCUUUGUGUGUUCAAAGUGUUUUGAUGUUGACACAUAAUUGGUACUGUGUGUGUGUGUGUGUGUGUGUUUGUGUGUUUGGGGUACUGAUCAAAUGUAGAGUGGAGGCUGAGGCUACCAGACAUGGGGUAAGCCAGGGUUAGUGGUAUUUUUGUAAAGAUGAAAACAGUUCUAGUUGGGUAGGGAAAGGACAGCACUUUGUAGUAGGUGUAGUGGCAGGUAGUGCUACUGACGACAAAAAAAAAAAAGAGUUGGAGACAAAGCAUUGUUAAAAUGAGUUGUUGUUUUUGUUCUGUUUUUAAUUUAUCAUUUUUAUUUUUUUUUUGUUUUAAAAUAAGACACCUGUAGGUAACAAGAAAAAGAAAAAAACUCCUAACUACACAGUGCCACUUGUUAAUUUUGUGUAAAUAAUACUAGACAGUGUAAAUACAAUGUUGUAUAUGAAAAAGAUCUUUAAAAUAAAAGGGAAAAUCAUUUGUGAGCAGAAAGAUUUUUUAUUUUAUAUUUGAUUUUUUUUGUUCUCUUUUUUGAAUGAUUCAGAUGUGACACAUAAUAUGGUGUGUAUUUCAAGACUGCUAUUUUGAACAUUUCUGUUUGAUUUAAACAAUUCUCGAUGACAGCAAGUGUAAAUAUUUAUGGAACACAGAAUAAUGAGAAAUGUUUUAUCGUAUUAUACCCUUGGUUAACUCCUACCUGUGUCAUAAAAACCUUUUGUCCUCAGUCACUUGUUUUUUUCUGGUAUGAUGGUUUUACGGCGCUUUGGACAUGUCUUUAAGCUCGAUUGUGAACAAUUAAAGCUUGUCUGUCAAAGCA